AUGACCCCCAGGCGCCACAGGAUCAACUUGACUCUGCUGAGAAGACGCCAUGGUCUCUCGAACACCUCCUCAUCAGGGAGUCUCUCGCCAACUGUUCCGGUUCUUCAAUCGCCCGUGACAUUCCAAGCAUUUGCGGCGGUCAAUGUCUCCGAAGCGACUUUGAAGCAGAGGAGCAAGCUGGAAAGGGCACCCGUCCGGCCAUCGAUGUUUCUAGAGGAGAAAGAUGAGGAUGACGACCCGCCCAUCGCCGCCUUGACUAGUGGCGCACCUCUGGAUGUCAAGUCCAAUCGCGCGGAGCACAAGAGCAACGAAGAUAAGCCUAUCCAACGAUCAAGGAGUCAUUACUAUGAAGACGUCUUCAGUACUCGUGGCCCUUUAACCUCGCCCAGGACACAAAUCAGCCAAGAGUCCGUCGUCGUCAUCGAGCUAAAGGUCAACUCUCAGAUCAAGGACAUGGGGCAGCUUGUCUCGAGCGUCUCAUCACAUAUGGCCCGCAUUUUUCAGAAAUCAGAGACACUGGUGAUGACUACCAUUCAGCAAGAUGCGUGCAUUCAGUUUGGAAGAUCGACUAUGCCAGCGUACCUAAUGAAGGUCUUCGCCCUCCCGUACCUCAUAGCGCCUAUAACCAAUCUUCGGAGCACCAUUAUGAUCCAAGCAGCUCUUCAGGAGAUCCUCCAUGUGGCGCCCAGUCGAGGAGUCAUCCUAUACAUUCCGAUCUCAGAGGAAAACUUUGCCACCAACGGGGUGACCAUGAUGGGUGAAAUCGCACGUCUGGAGCGUCCUUCUCUGGAUCAUGGCCAUAUUAAUGGUUUAUUCAAAACCAUAUCGCGGACUAUGAGUCGAAGGCUGAAGUCCAGUAGUUCUCAGAGCACACCUAUUUCUGUUGCAACAACCUCGUCAUGGGCUUGUAGUGGAACACAGGAACCCUCCUCGGCAGCAGAAAAAGGACUGCGGGGAAGCGAAUCUUCCAAGGACGAUGGCAAAAAGUCAGGUACAAAAUCCAAAGGCUUUCGUCACUUCACGUCCGGUCACAGCUCGGAGCGUCUUCGACAGCCUGGAGACAAGCAGUAA